GGACCUCUGUGACGUAUUUUGCUCUGCGACAGAAACUCUGUGUAUGUUGCGGUUUAAAGCUACUUUUCUAGAAGCAGCUGCUUACUAUGGAAUAUAAAUGACACUACAAGACUUACUGAUGACUCCGUGAUUAAUGAUGUUCAUACGCGAACAGAAAAGAGGCGGCUGGAGCAUGUUAAAGCCCCGUACAGUUACAUGGCAGUUUGGUGUCGUCGGCUAAACUUGGUGACUAUUUGUGCACAGUGCCUUUUUUUUCCGCGUCUCUUGUUUAGCUCAGAUGAGCAUGUAAGAGUCAGCCGUGUUUUGGUGGUGUGGAGUUGUGCAUGUCCCGGUUGCAGAAAGUGGAGGAGAGCAGGCGGAGGGCGUGAGCUGUGUCCAGGCGGCUGUCGGUGUCCGGGAUGGAGACCUGGACCCCCAAUCCCCGAGCUAAGCCCUUCAUCCCCCGUCAACAGAGGAGUCUCUAUCUCACCUGGAAAUACAAAUUGACCAACAAGAGGACGAUUCGCCGGUUCUGUCAGGCCAGUGCCGUGUUGUUUCUGCUGAUAACCGUCAUAGUCAACAUUAAACUCAUCCUGGAUACAAGAAGAGUUGCCAGUGAAGAUGCAGCAGCCCAAGAAUAUGAGGAUGUUAUUCCUAACAUGGAGACAGCACGCAGGCCGGCUAAUGGACGCAAAGUCCUCGACAUUGAGGUGUACUCCAGCCGCUCCAAGGUCUACGUGGCAGUAGAUGGCACCACGGUGCUGGAAGAUGACAUGCGAGAACAAGGCAGAGGGAUCCAUGUGAUAGUUCUCAACCAAGCAACUGGUCAUGUGAUGGCCAAGAGGAUAUUUGACACCUACUCUCCCCAUGAGGAUGAAGCCAUGAUCCUGUUCCUCAAUAUGGUGACUCGUGGUCGAAUCCUCAUCUUUACCAUAAAGGAUGAGGGCACAUUCCACUUGAAAGAUGCUGCUAAGAACCUGCUCAAGAGUCUGGGCAGCCAGGUGUCCCUCAAUCUGAGCUGGAGAGACAUGUGGACUCUAGUGGUGAAGAAAGGAGGUCAGGUUUAUGGAGAGAAGCAUUCAAAGUCUCCAGCUCUGUCUACCUGGGGAGACCCAGUGCUGCUCAAGACUGAAGUGCAACUUACUGCCUCUGAAGAGGCAGAGUGCCACUGGGCAGACACGGAGCUGAACAGGAGGAGGAAACUCUUCUGCAGCAAGGUGGAAGGAUACGGCAGCAUCUGCAGCUGCAAAGAUCCGGCACCCGUAGAGUUUAAUCCUGACCCUCUCCCCAUCAAUAAUGUUUUCAAUGUCCCAGUGGCCGUUAUUGCAGGAAACAGACCUAACUAUCUCUACCGUAUGCUGAGGUCACUUCUUUCAGCCCAUGGUGUUAACCCACAGAUGAUCACAGUCUUCAUUGAUGGAUAUUAUGAGGAGCCAAUGGAUGUUGUUGACCUGUUUGGACUGAAGGGAGUUCAACACACACCUAUCAGCAUCAAGAAUGCCAGAGUGUCUCAGCACUACAAAGCGAGUCUGACAGCAACCUUCAAUCUUCACCCAGAUGCUAAUUAUGCCAUUGUACUAGAAGAAGAUCUUGAUAUAUCCAUUGACUUCUUCAGCUUUCUGAGUCAGACCAUCCACCUGCUGGAUGAGGAUGACAGCCUGUACUGUAUUUCAGCCUGGAACGACCAGGGCUAUGAGCACACAGCAGAGGACCCGGCCCUGCUCUACAGGGUGGAGAGUAUGCCCGGCCUGGGCUGGGUGCUGAAGAAAAGCCUCUACAAAGAUGAGCUGGAGCCAAAAUGGCCUACACCCGAAAAGCUGUGGGACUGGGACAUGUGGAUGCGAAUGCCAGAGCAGAGGAAAGGCCGAGAGUGUAUCAUCCCUGAUGUAUCCCGCUCCUACCACUUCGGUAUCAUCGGCCUCAACAUGAAUGGCUAUUUUCACGAGGUAUAUUUCAAAAAGCACAAGUUCAACACUGUUCCCAAUGUACAGCUGAAGAACGUGGGCAGCUUGAAGAAAGAUGCUUAUGAAGUUGAGAUCCAGAACCUGCUGAAAGAGGCAGAGGUGCUAGACCACACCAAAAACCCAUGUGAGGACUCAUUCCUACCUGACUCUGAGGGGAAGAUCUACAUCAUGUUCAUUAAGAUGGAGUCUGAAACAGACACAUCCACUUGGACUGAGCUUGCCAAGUGCCUGCACGUUUGGGAUCUAGAUGUUCGGGGAUACCACAGAGGUCUAUGGCGGCUCUUCAGAAAAAGGAACCAUGUGUUGGUCGUGGCUGUUCCGAUCUCCCCGUACUCUGUGAGGAAACCAGCGAAUGUCACUCCCAUUCAUUUAGAGCCUCCUCCUAAAGAAGAGGGAGCACCGGUGGAGCAGAUGUAGAUCUGAUGUUACACACACACACACACACACACACACACACAAACAGAGACUUCAACAAGCCCUGGCCUUAACACUACUACUUCUCUCCAUCAACGAACAUUAAUAAUCCAGCCUGGGGCCCAGAGCUACAGGUCUGUCUUGGGUACAAGAGGAUACCUGGGACACAGAGUCUAUUUUUUAUGUUGGAGGAAGAAUUAACACUACAAACAGCACUGGUGAGUCCGUCCAGCAGUGAUGGUAAAACUAGUUAUAGUUAAUUGUGAUUGUUCAACCACAACAGUGUACAGCUGCCAACAGCUGUGUCUUUUUGUGGAUCGAUCACUAAGCUACAUCUUUGACAGAACAGUACAACUGACAUAAACACACUGACCUGAAAGAAGGCAGUGCUCCUUAUAGUUUGGUAUUUUAACUACUGAGUGUUUGUCCAUUUUUGUACAUACAUUUUAACGAAUCUCUAUUUAUUUUACAUCUGUCAAAAGUUAGUGCUUUUUUUUUUCUAAAUAAGAAAAUCCACUUUGAUCAAGUUCAAUGCAUUUUUAAGAGUCUGACUUUUACAAUGAAAAAAUGUAAGUGUGUGUGUGUGUGUAAAAUCUAAAGGUUGGCAUUUUUCUCAGCAUUAGAUAUCGAGUGUAAAAGCCCCAUGGGUUUGUACCGUUAUUGACUGUAUAGAUCACUUGCCUCGGAUUAGUCUUGAUGAUGUAAUCCGAAAGGUGGCUGAGAGACACAAACCUGAAAAGUCAUACUUUUAACAUGUGCUGCAUCUGAAACCAGAGAAAUUGCAAAUGCUGUGAUGUUAAUGUGUGCUCACCUACAAAAUGAUGCACAUUGAACAAAUCACUUUAAAUUCGGGCAGUUUUUUUUUGUUUGUUUUUUUUAAGUAAAUUAACCUUUUUCCAUCUGUUUCUGGCAUAGUUCACUACUGGCUUUUGCUCUGUCGGGGGGAAAAAAAAGCACGUGGCCCUUCCAGUACCAACAAGUAAUAAUUGACACAGGAACUGAAAAUCAUAAUUAACAAUCAUUAGGAACGAAACAUUUUGUUGUGUACCCCAAAAAAGGAGGAAAAUCCGUGUCUAGGAUCAGAUCUAAAUAUGCAAACGUGUGCUAAACAAACAGUUCAGGAUAUUUGUAUCCUAGCACAGCAUUUACGUGUGUACGCAUUUUUUUUGUUGUUGUUUUGUUUUGCUUUUUCCUGAAGCAGACGCACUUUUUUUUCUGUGCUUGCUGCUGUUUUUGAGAUACAAGAGACAGCGGCAGCUGCAUAAGGUGCUGAACGUUCAGUUGCUGCUUUGUUUCCUGAUUGAACAGUGUUCAACUACUGAAGCUACUAAAAACUGAGCUCAACACUGUUACUUUUCACACAGCCAUCCAGUCACGUAGGAGAAGGGCUCAGAUAACAAGAACACCUGGUAUAAACACUAAAGAACCGAGUCAAUUUCUCUGCUUGUACCAAAUGAAAUCCCCAAACUAGCACUUUAGUCAUAUAUUAAUUAGAUCAUUGUGGGUCAGACAUCACAGCAGGCAGGUACUUGCAACCAGCUACUUCCUGGAAGCAGCAUGUGUUAAAAAUGUAUUUUUUCCCCCUCCUAAUUUCUUAGUGUGCGUAUAAAUUUUGGUCUCUCUCAACCAUCCUGGAGGCCAGAGGCUCCACCACUUCCAUCCACUGAAGGUAGCAAUGUGAAAAGAGUACUAAAUCUUCGUUACAUAUAUUUAUCUGAGUUUCUAAUUGCAGUGUUCUUCAUUUUUAAGAGUAGUAAAUACGUGAGAAGAUUUAUUUGAUAAUCUCACUGGCCGCAUUCAAUGCCCUGAGAUGCAGCUGAGAGAGAGAGAGAGUGUGUGUGCGUGUGAGAGAGAGAGAGAGCGCGCGAUUUCUCUUGUAAAGCUUUUCUAACUGGUGGUCAAAUAGAAACCCAACCCUUUAAGAAAAUGUUAUUCUUUAUGGUAAGACAUGCAAAAGCAAACAAAGUAUUAUCUGCUUAUGGAUACAUUUAUUUUGAAAGUCACACUAUAGAACUGUCUAAGCAUUUAUUCACUCUGUACUGGUCAUGUUAUCAUUUCAAACAACUGUUAUGGAUGUUUCAGGCAAUUAAAAAUGAAAAGAUAAUUGAAAUAUUUGUUCCAAUUGAGGUCUAAAAACACUGACUUUUAAUCCAGAUGUUGAUAUUCUACCAGAUGUUUUAAAAGAACGUGGAGUUUUCAACCAUGUUAACAGAGAGGUGUGAGUGUGAGGAAGAGAUACUGGACAUGUUCUUACCAGCUGAUGUAAGAACGCAUUAACCAAAUGAAUGUGAAUUUUAAUUCUCUGUUAGUAUUUGCAGUUAUUUGAUUGGAAGGUGUUUACCUGUCAGAAUGAACCACUGACGUUGGGGCUAAGUUUAAGUCCUAGUGUGUUUCUCUGGUUUCAGAUCUCUGCAAAUUGUCUUUUUUUCCCCCUUUGUUUGUUCUUUCAUUUCACUUUGUGGUGUUCCUGCUUUUCUGGGUUUCAAAGGUUAAAUUAAAUUGAAUCAUUGUUUCAAUAGCAAUACAGUUGAUUUAAUACUGUGGCAGGAUUCUGAAAAUACUGGAAAGUGCUUCGUAUGAGUGACCGAGGAGGAUUUGUGGACUUGAAUGCAGUUUGACAUGUAUGAGUUUCUUUUAUCUUGGAGAUGAAUAAAGAUUUUUUUUAAACUCA